GGCCAUGAGGUGCUUGUCAUGGAGACUCCUGGUCAUACGCGAGGGCAUAUCAGUUUUUACUUCCCGAGGUCAAAGACAAUUUUCACAGGAGAUACACUAUUCAGCUUGUCUUGUGGUAAGCUUUUCGAAGGCACUCCUCAGCAGAUGCUCUCUUCAUUGAGGAAGAUCAUGUCCUUACCAGAUGAUACAAAUGUUUACUGUGGCCACGAGUAUACAUUGAGCAAUUCAAAGUUCGCACUUUCUGUAGAACCUGGUAAUGAAGAAUUGCAGUCAUAUGCCGCACAAGUUGUCAAUCUCCGCAAGAAGGGCUUGCCAACGAUUCCAACAACGCUCAAAGCAGAGAAGCUAUGCAAUCCAUUUCUUCGAACUUCAAGUACAGAAAUCCGGAAGUUGCUAAACAUUCCACCCACUGCUGAUGACACAGAAGCCUUGGGAGCCAUUCGUCGUGCCAAGGAUAACUUUUAGGAAUUCGCCUAUAAAUGACCCAGACAAUGUGUUAGAUACAAUUUUUGUAUAGGGAAAGUACAUCUACAAGUGAGAAAACAGACAAGGAAUACCUGAUUCCUGUUCAUGUUUCUCUUAACUUGGAGAGUCCAGAUUCUGCCUUGGACUCUCUGUCUUUCUGAUAACAUAUCACAUACGCUUAAAUUUGACCCGACAGAGUUGUUACAGUAAGAAAUGCUUUUUAGUUACUACUGUAUUUAUUUUAUGGAUCAAGUUUGAAAUUUACUUUUUCAUUUUAUAA